AUGCUUGCGUUUUGCCUCCUACCCCUGGCUGCUCGGGGGAAGGUCUAUGAGAGGCGUGAGCUGGCAGCAGCUAUGAAGCACCUUGGACAGAAUAACUUUUGGGGACACAGCCUGGGACCCUUUUCUUCCUCUGCCGGUCAUCUGCCUGCGGUGGCUGCGCAGCUGGAGCGGGGCAGGCGGGUGAAGCUGCGGAGCAAGCAGGAGUGGGAAAGCCGAACCAACAGCCGCUGGUGGUGCCAUGGUGGCGGGACCCCGAGGGCCAAGCACGUGCGCAAUACCCCCUGCUCAGCACUACUGAGCUCGGACAGAAGAGCCUCCCUCACCGGCGCGCAGGGGGCUGUCAGCGGCGGGAAGGGUCUGGGCGCCUGGUGGGUGAAGACGAGGACGCUGCGCUGGCAGCACCCGGCCGCCAAGAGCGGGAGCACCGCUUUAAGACGCCCAAGCUUAGCGAGCAGCAGCACCCCGCAGCCCUCUUCCCCGUGGAGCUAUGCCAGAAGAAAUGAUAGGCGCGUGGGACGGAUGAAUAAACGGUAG